AAUCUGAACCCCACCACCACCACCACCAUCUUCACACCAUCCUUCAUCAAACCCUGGUCCUUAUUAAUAUAUUAUUCAACAUCUCACCAAACAAAUAGUAACUCCAUUCAUCCAAAAGCCAAAAAAUUGACACAAAACAAAACAGAGCCUUGAACUAACACAAAAUUACAUAACUUGUAUAUGUGGGGGCUCUGUUCUCAUACCUAGUUUCGUACAAAGACACAUAAUAUUGUCUGGUUUAUAACAGUGCUAGGUUUGUAUUGUUGGGUAGAGUGAAAGGGUUAAGGUGGCCAUGUCUGCUGGGGUUUGUGGUAAGAGGGUAGGCUAUGAAGAGAUCUUUGGAUCUUCUUCUCCGCCGCAGUGUUCUUCUGUCAAGAAAUCCAGAAGAUCUAGUUAUGGUUCUCCGAACCGAUCUGAAAUCGGUUUUGCCUCUGACAAUUCUGUCUCAGUAUUGCUUCAAAUGUUCCCUGCUUUAGACCCUGAGGUUGUGGAAAGAGUCUUUAGGAAUAAAAAUUGUAAGAUUGAAGAUGCCAUUGAGUGCUUGGGUGCACUUUCUUCCGGAGACAUUCACGGAUUUGGAAGAGACAAAUCUCAAAACACUGAUUCUGCUGUGAGUGGCAAUUAUUGCGGUGUCAUUUUGGAUCAAAAUCAAGCUACAUGUAGUGGAAUGCGGGAGGAGACAAUCGAAGGGAAAAAUUGUGUCAAUUCAACACCUAGUUGUGGAUUUUCUCAAGAUGGGAUGAAUUGGGUAGAUUUAUUUGUGAAUGAGAUGAUGAAUGCAACAGACCUUGAUGAUGCUAGAGGACGUGCUGCCAAACUUUUAGAGGCUUUUGAACAAUGUAUAAGUGUGCAAGCAAGAGUGUCAGAGGAGAUGAAGCAUGCUUCUCUGAAGGAACAUUUGCAGAACCUGUUAAAUGACAACCAAAUUUUGAAAAAAGCAGUUGCCAUCCAACAUGAACGCAGUUUAGAGCAAGAGGAGAAAACAAAGGGAGUGCAGCAUCUUAAGAAUGUCCUAAACCAGUACCAAGAAAAAGUACAAAGCUUAGAGCUGAACAAUUACGCAUUGAAGGUCCAUCUCCAGAGGGCUCAAGAAAGUAGCUCUAUUUCUGGGAAAUUUCUCCCUCCAGACAUAUUUUAGGUUUUUUUUUUCUAAGUCCAUCACAAUUUGAAGGGUUUUGAGGCGUGUCUGGAUGCUUGGAUGUGCUCAUUUUCGUGCCUUCGUUUUAAGGGAGCUAAUAUGCGUUUUUCUUAUAUAUGAUAUGAUGUUGAUAGGUAAUUCUUAUAUUUUACGCACACUUGUAUUGUAGUAUAUGUUUAGUUUUUGGAGGGGGGAGGGUAAAGGUAAAUCGAAGCCUCACUGAACCUCGAGUCUGUUAUUCUUGCCGACUUUUUUUAUUUAUUUAAAAUUGUCGAUAUAAAGGCUGUAUAAAUUAUGGUGCAAUU